AUGGUUUCUGUUGACAUCCUGGUGUAUGAGUAUCUAGAAAGGGGUAGCUUGGACACAAUGUUGAGUAAAGAUGUCAAAGCUAAAGAAUUUGGAAGGGUGAAUACUGUGAAAGGCGUAGCUCAUGCAUCGUCUUACAUGCACCAUGAUUGCUUGCCAGCAAUUGUACAUGGGGACAUAUCAAGCAAAAACAAUUUGUUGGAUUCUGAAUAUGAGGCCUCUGUCUCCGACUUUGGCACAGCUAAGUUCUUAAAACCAGACUCAUCAAAUUGGACUGGCCUUGCAGGAACAUAUGGGUAUCUUGGACCAGAGCUUGCUUAUGGGAAGGAAUUAGCUGCGCAUCAGAUGCCAAUUGGGGAUGUUUUGGACCAACGCAUUUCCCCUCCUACACAUCAAGUUGCAGGGGGAGUGCUCACUCUUGUGAAGAUAGCAUUUUCAUGCUUGAGUGCAAACCCACAUUCUCGUCCAACAAUGCAACAAGUUUCUCAACAACUGGAAACUCAGAGGCCGGCUCUGUCAAAGCCAUUAGUUCUGAUAACAUGUGGUGAACUGCUAGCUCAUAAUGGGUUCACUAAGGCCACAUUUGAUUCGCAAAAUGUAAACAUCAGGAAAUAA